CUGAUGAACUUGCCACAUUUGUUACACAAAUCACUAAAAAUUUACAAGAAAUGGAAAAAAACACAAAAUUAUCCUUGAAUAGUAAUCAAUCGGAUAUGAACAAUAGCAGUGAUAUGAUGUUGAAGACUUCGACAUCUAUCGACCAAUCAGAAUUAAAUACUACACAUUCAUCAUUGUAUUUGAAAGCCGCCAAUAAUAAUGAUCAAGUUACGCAUCUUUCAUCAGUUGCCUUAGGCUCUAUACUUGGAAUAUUAAUAUUCCUUUUGGCCACUCUUCUUGUUGUUUAUAGUCUAAGGCAUAAAUUAUUUGAACAUUAUCAUAAAACUAUUGAUCUAGCUGCAAUUUCAUCGUCGAAUCGUCUUGGUUCCUGUACAUUGGGAACAUUCAGUAGAUCUAAAGAUACUUUAUUAUUUCCAACAUGUAAAAAAUCUCUCAUGUCAUUUCAUAAUAAUAGUAACAACAACAUCAACCAUAAUCACACAAUUUUCAACAAUGGAAAUCUCUUCAAAUCUUAUCCACAUUUAUUGAGUCAUAAUACAAUCAAUGAAAGUUUCCCAGAUUUUUUGAAUACAGCACAACAACAACAACAAUUUACAUUUUCACUUCAUUCAUCAACUGUUUCAGGUGUGAAUAGGAAACCGUCGAAUAUUGACUUUAUUACAGAUGGUCAUUUACCACCAUGGCGUAAUUCUUUUAUGAAAAGAAAUCAAAAAACUCCUACUGCUAUUUCAGCAUUAACAUUGGUACCAAAUACACCGAGUUCAGAUCGUCGACAGAUUAUGAACUCAUUACCAUGGCUACGGACAAAUUCCACAUCUCAUAUUAGCAGCAAUAAUGGUGCUCCCUCUUCCUUUAAUCAUAAUGCUAAUCAUACUAAUAGUACUACUAAUACUAAUAAGAAUAAUAACCAUUCAAGAUUUGGAGCAUCUAGUGAAACAAUUCUAUUUUCGUCAUUGAAUCCACCGAAUGGUAUGCCACGUUCAUGGUGGUUACCAUGGCGUAGAAGUAUGCGAAAAAAACGUCGAUUAUAUACACAGUUACAAAGACGUCAGGAAAUUCAAUCAUUAUCUCAACGUGGUCUUUUAGAAUCAUCUGGUAGUUUCUUAGGGAAAUCCACUCCACAACUACCAAAUAAUCGUCAUUUAAUGACAUCAUCAAAUAAUAGUGGACUAUUGGUCAAUGAUCAUGUUUCAAGAUUUGGUACAACUGCUGAACCAUCAUUACCUGCGAUACCUAUAUCAUCAUCGCCAUCACCAACAUCAACGUUAUCAAACAAGGAAGAAUUGAUUCAUCAACAUCCAUACUCAAAUCAUAUUUUUUUAAGAUCGGGAAGAUCUGGCAGUGAAAGAACACGACAAAGUACAAAGACGUUGAUCACGACAACAGACAACGGUAGUAAUUCCGGGAUAGUUAGCGCUUUAUACGCAAAUGAUGAUCAAGCGAAUUCACCAAUUUAUACAAAGUAUCCUAUGAAUUUGCCAAAUAAUAUAAUAAUAACUAAUUCGAAUAUACAAUCUAUUUCAUGGAUCAAUGUGAAUGAUAAUGAUUUACCAUGGAAAUUUACACCACCAAGUAGAAAUAGUUUUAGUAAUGGUAUUCGACGAUUAUCAUCAUUUUUUCGUAGUUUUAAUCAAAGUAACGGAUCAUUUACACCACCAAGAUAUCAUAAUAACAAUAAUGGUAAUGGUUAUGGAUUAUCUUAUAAAAAAUCAUCUUUAAGGUCUUCAUCAUUCAAUACAUCACGUACAGAGAUGAUGCCAUCAAUGCCAGUAUUACCUACAUUUAACUAUUUGACUACAUCAAAUAAUAAUAAUAAUAGUGGUAAUAUUGUACCAUUGACCAGUCAUUAUCCGGUCAAUAAACAACAUUUUGAUUCAUUUCGAUUAAAUGGUCGUCAUGUUACUCAUCCGUUGAUGCAACCAGCUUUGCAAUCAAUGUCAGAAUCGAAGGAUUUACACAGAAAACAUAAUUAUAUCGAGAAUAUGUGGAGUACUCAAACAGUAAAACCAUCAUUAUUUCAUCAAGAUGCUUAUCAACAUCAAAAUCAUCAUACUAUGUAUAGCAGUGGAGAUGAACACACUACCAUCAAUGAUAUGUUAUCACGUCACACAACAAAAACUAGUUUACAAGGUAGUAGUCGAAUAGAUUCCUUACUAUCCACAGAAUUGAUUGAUUUAUGCAACAAUAACAAUGGGUGUACUAGUAGUAAUAAUAAUAAUAAUAAUAUUGUAAAGAAUGAUCCAUUGGCUAAAUUAAAUUCUACUUCAGUGACAGUAAAACAAACAGUACCGAAUUCAAUGUACAAUAGUUCAUUAAAUUAUAAUAAAUUUGAUUAUAUUGAAAAAGAUGAAUUAAAUCAUUUACCAUAUCUAACAACUGAUCCGUAUUUGGAACCUGUUUCAUUGAAACGGAGACAACAACAAGAAAAACAACCGGAAAAUUUGAUAAAUACACAGAAAGUCAAUCUCUUUGAUCAUUAUAAUGAUAUGGAUCUCGAUAGAGCAGUGAAUGAAAAUGGUGAUUUAAUCAAAUUGAAUAUUCAUAGUGGAACAUGUUCAGCAAUUAGUUCAUUAGUAUUCGCUGAUGAUUCUGAUCUUUCUAAAGUGUCAGAAAAUUCAAUAAAAAGUCGAAAAUCUGAUCAAUAUAGUUCAUUACACUUGAUCACAUCACAAACUGUAUCAUCAAAUAAAACUAAUUCAAUGAAUAAUAAUCCUACAAUAGAUGUUACAACGGUUAUUACCAAUAUUUGUACUACUACUACUACUUCUACAACCAACAUUUCAAUUCCCACUGCUACAGCAAUUGUUUCUAACAGUGAUGAGAUUGUUGCUCUACCUCGAGUGAAAAACUCAAAUAGUAUUGAAUAUGUAACUUAUGAUGAAACACGUUCGUAUGAUAAGAAAAUUAACCGAUUUACACUAAAUAAAAUUACUGGAAAACAACCAUAUUCAAUUGAUUCUGACCGUAAUCCGUUGAAUACAGAUAACAAACUUGUAGCUGGAACACUAACAGUUGCAUCAGCAUUGUUGUCAUCAGAUCAUGAAGUCCAACGUAGAAUCAAUACAAUGAAAGGUGAUUCUGAUUCACGCCCAUUAUCUGAUGCAAUGAUUAGCAAUCAUUAUUAUGAUUUAAAUCGUAAUAUAAAUUAUCAAGAAAUAUCAAUGGAAUCAUCAUUACAAGAAGAGGAAAACAGGGAUUCUAAUCAUCAAUUAUUAUACAAAUCUCAUCCACCAUUACCACCAUUAUGGUCUAAUAAUAAUAAUAAUCAUAUGCAACAUUUUAAUAAAAGCCACAUUAUUACUGCCACUACUACUACUAAUAAUAAUAAUAAUAAUGAUAGUAGUAAGAGAAAUUUCGGUUCAAUCGAUUCAUUAUAUGAAACAGUGGAUUUGCCUAGAACUAAUUUACCGACCUCAGUGUUAACAUCGACAACAAUGAUACAACAACAACAACAACAACAUUUCAUGGAUUUCGGAAAUCUUGUCAAUAGCGAACAUUUACGUCAACAUCAACGUAGUUGUAUGGCAUUACCACCAACACCAUCAUCUUUAUUCAAUGUAAAAGCACCGAUACGUUUAAUCGGUGAAAUGGAUGAUUGGAAUUUGCCUAGUUGUUCUGAUGAUUCGGAAUAACUAAUUUAUGAUUAAGAGAAAGGAGAAGACAAUGAGAAUUCUUGUAUAGAUCAAAGAUUU